AUGACUUGCGUAGAAGGAUCCGAGGCCAAGAAAAUGGUGGAAGAAAUCCACUCCGGGUCUUGCUGGAACCACUCCGGCGGAAGAUCGCUCGCUAUAAAAAUUAAGCGUCACGGAUACUACCGGCCGACAAUGAUCGCAGACUGCGAUAGGUUUGCUCGGAAAUGCGAGAAGUGCCAGAGACACGCGCCAACGAUUCGUCAACACGCGGAAGAACUGUCAUCCAUCUCUUCCCCAUAUCUGUUUAUGCGCUGGUCUGUGGAUAUCAUCGACAACGGAUCCCAGUUCAUUUCUACUCGAUUCGAAGCAUUUUGCGAGAAAUGGAAAAUACGAUUGACAAAAUCAGCCCCAAGAUAUCUGCAAGGUAACGGCCAAGCAGAGACCAUCAACAAGACUAUCCUCGAUGGUCUAAAAAAGCCCCUAGAAGCCAAGAAAGGACGCUGGGCGGAGGAACUCGAGUGCGUCCUCUGGUCGUACCGCACUACUCCGAGGCGAGCGACAAGAGAAACACCCUUCGCCCUCGUAUAUGGAACUGAGUGCAUGAUCCGAGCAGAAGUUGAGUUCCCUGGAGUAAGAAGAAGACUCUUACCUGAACGGGAAGAGUCAAAUAACGCAAUGCUGCUGGAUGAUCUAGACCUCAUCAACGAGCGGCGAGAUCAAGCUCUAAUACGGAUCAAGAAUUAUCAGCAUGCUGCCGCAAAGUACAACAACACGAACGUGCGCCAUCGAAGAUUCAAAGAAGAUAAUGCAAAAUGGCCUUCGUCGUCGGGAAACUCUAAUGACGCCAACCUCUUAAGCACCGAAUCCCAACAACCCAGACGGGAUUCCAAGCCUGCAAAAGGUCCAAAUGCGGCAUUGGGAAGGGCUCAAAUUCCGACACCGCGAGACGUCGCUAACAGUCGGAUAAGAGUUUUUCCGAAAAUCAAUUGGACAGAUUUCCUGUCCCAACAUCUCCAAAAGAGAUGA